GCAACAAGACGGAUACAAAGGGUCGGAAACUUGAUCGUAUCCGCGAAAUAAUGUCCGAUCAGCAAACCGAUUCGCACGAAACGUCGAGGAAAUCGGAGAGGCCGCCGUUCAAGUUGUGUUUUUCGCAAAGUCAGCAGAUCGGACGAUCCGAUGCGUCGAAAACAAAUGUGAAUGUUGUCACGCCAAAAUUCUAUUCGAGAGAAUUCGCGCGGAAUGCGGAAAACGCGAGCGACGAGAAAAUCGCCACGGAGCGGGAUAGAAAUCCGAGGGAUCUGUACCAAUGGCCAUUGCUGACUAGUCACACGUACGGUUGGUGGCACGACAAAGGAGUACAUCCGAAGAACCGAUUCGACUUCCACAAAAGAACGUCGGACUUGGUGAGCUUUCAGAUGAAAAUUUACGCCGAGGAUCGAAAGCUGAAAGGUCUUAAACAGUGA